UGUCCUUCAAAAAAAAGCCAAAAACCCAACUGCCUGUGCAUCUCUCUUUCCAAAUUACCAUUUCCCUCGCAAACAAGAAAAUGACUACAGUACUGAUCCUGCAAAAUUCCAAUUUCAAUACGCUGAUCCUACAAAAUCCUCAUCUACCUCUCACUUCACACGGAAACUAUUCUUCGCGUCUCCCUGUAGAUAGAUAGAUAGAUAGAUAGAUAGAUAGAUAGAUAGAUAGAUGUAGAGAGCUAGCGAAGCAAGCAAAUUGAAAUCAGUAUCAGAGGUCAAGGAAAACAUGGACAAGAGAAUCUCAGCAGCACUGAAGAUGAAGCUUGCUUUCCUCUUCUGCAUCCUUGUGCUGGCCACCACUUCCUCAGCAGGUGGUGCGGCGGCGGCGGCAGCGGCGGAGAUGAAGAAAAACAGUGGAGGUAAUGAGAGUGCGGUGGUGCCAGAUUCUGACGAGGAGUAUUGCCGACUUGUGGUAUGCAAAGGGCUGAAAUGCGGCAAGGUGUACGCAGCCGACGGAAGCUGUUGGUGUGUUCUCAAGCAAGGCCCACUCGUCGCAUUGCCUUGCGCCAAUUAGCUACCUACCUACCUUACCCUUUAUUAUAUAUUAAAAAAAUAAUGGCUGCAGAAGAUUCUAAUGAAUAACCAGUAGAGCAGAGCAGUACGUACUUGAGCUCGUGCCAUGACAUCAUCUAUGUGAAAGGGAGCCGAAUAGGUCGGUAAAUGAAAGAUUAAGUUACAUGCAUGACUCAUGGAAAGGGGCGUCUUUUGUGUCAUGAAUAAAAUGGGGCUGGGUAGUGAUAUAUAUGAUGAAACCAUUUUUCUGGGAUCAUAAAAUCCUAUUGACACA